AUGAGGCAUUAUUUCAAAACACAUGUGUUUGUCUACCUCGAACCGCAUGGCAACCGAGUGAAGCAAAGAAAUAACAGUGCUUGUCUCAUCAAAAUCUUCACAAUCAAGGUUGGACACAAGAUGGAGUUCGCUGCACUGCAAAAAUCAACGAAAAUGAAGGAUUUGGCGAUGGAGACUGUCAUAACGAACUUGUCUCGAUACAUUGAAGUAGAGGGAGUUAACUACAUCCAAUCAAAAUUGUCCCCAGAGAUGAGGGACGUCGUGCUGCAGGAGCUGCUCAGGAAAGGGCAUCCUGGACUAAUCAAAAAAAUUGAAGAGUUCAUGAGCAUCAAGCGGUCUGUGUUGGCUUUGAUGAACACCAGGACAAAGAAACUUGAUUUGGAUGUCCUCAUGUCUUUUUAUCCUCGUGAUCAAAAUUCCGUGUACGAAUUAAACGAGGUCCUGAUGAUGGUCUCUAUUGCUGCUCCCAACAUCAGGCAUUUGAAAAUGAACUUUACGGAGAUCAAGCGAUGUUUCGCCAAUGAUGCUUAUAAAAACGCGAUUAUGAGUCAUCUAAAAUCUCUGAAGGAAUUGAGAAUCGUAGAGAUAGAGGGGCACACUUAUCAAGAGGAGGCAUUGUCCCUGUUUUGCAGAGAUCUGUACAAUUUGCGGGCUCUUAGCGCGUACUAUUAUGCCGAUGAUGACAUGACUGAGGAUGAAAUCGUACAAACUUUUGGACAUCUUCGUCUUCUCGAAUGCUCUCCAUCGUGGAACACGAAAAACCAAAUUUGGAAAGUUCUACCGCAUCUGGACAUCGUCGAUGACGUCAAGACUCACGGUCUCACGUUGGAAGACUUUCUUGAGGACGACCAAGCUCCAAGAACGCGAAAAUUUUUUUCCUAUGUCGGGAACUUGGACAAAUCUACAAAUAUUGAUCUCUCCAGCAUCCGGCAUGUAGAGAUAAUCAGUUUCUCCGGUUCGUGGAUCAAAGAUAUGGAAACACUGAAUGCUAGCACACUCGAGGGUCUGACCCUCAACUUGAGGUCGUCAGAAGAUUCAAUUGACCCUUUUUUGCUCAAGUAUGGGUCAAACUUGCGAAAGCUCUUUUUGAUUGGGAGUUCAAAUCCAUCUGCGAGUGUUCAACUGAACCGAAUCUCAGAGCUGUGUCCCAGGUUGGAAGCACUGCAUCUGAAGUGUGUUCAGGUCGAUGGAAAGAACUGCAAACAAACCAUCUUCAGCCGAUUGACGGAAUUAAAUUUGAAAUGCGUUAGUGGCUUGAAUGAUGAAGCCUUUCUCUCUACCCUCCUUCAAUCCGCACAAAAUCUUACAAAGUUGUAUAUAUUUGUCCAAAAAUUCAACCUUGAAGAUCUGCGGGAGGUGAAGAGUUUGAUUAUGGAAAAGAAAAUCCUGAGAUCUUUGAAGUCUCUUCACUGGAAGUUGAUAUUUUCUUGCUUCCCAGAAGGCGUUUGUCAUGAAAUUUCAGAUACUUUGAUGAAAAUAUCCACAAUUCUUCCCGAUUUGGACCUUUCAGUUAUUUUCCUGUAAAUGAUGACGAAGAUUUUGACUCCGACUCUGUCUCACACGGCAUUUUGAACCUUAUGUAGUUUUGAAGGAUAACUUACACUUGCAUGCAUGAUGAUAUUAUUAGUAGAUUGCAAAAAAUCUCGUUUGUAUUGAAUAUUCUUUAAAAUAAAAAUUGA